GUCUGAGAGUUCGUGAGACAACGCCAUUUUACGUGGUUAAGAGUGUUGAUUUCAUGUGGUUUUCGUAAACUUGUGGGCGAUGUCAGUGUUCGUGGAGUAGUGUUUUCAAGGAAUGGACUGUUACCUGAAUUUAUUAUACGUGCAUAUGGUACGAGAAACUGAAUCCAUGGACUGUGCUACAGGCAGUGGACUUCGACAAUGUUCUGGGUUGAGUGUGGCGGCGGCGUGGUGAGGGCGAGGGCGCGGGAUGCCGCUGCCGAAGCGCGUGGUGGAGCCGGUGCUGGUGUCGCGCGGCACCAUCCCCGAGGACUUCCCGCUGCCCUCGGAGCUCGAGGCGGCCACCAACGGCACGCUCGCCAACCUGGUGCGCCAGCUGUCCAGCCUCAGCCGGCACGCGGAAGACAUCUUCGGGGAGCUCGCGCGCGACGCCCACGGCAUCGCGGCGCGCUGCGCCAGCCUCCAGGCGCGCAUCGACCGCCUCGCCGUCAAGGUCACGCAGCUCGACUCCAACGUCGAGGAGGUUUCGUUGCAAGACACACAUUUGAGAAAAGCCUUCAAAAGUUCUGUAGUGUUUGACCAGCAAGUGGUCUCUAGGGAUACAAUGCCCACUGCAAUGAUGGAAAUGUACCAGCAAUGCGACAAGCCGCCACCUUUAGACAAACUGAACCAAUACAGGGAGGACGGAAAAGAUGGACUGAAAUUCUACACAGAUGCAAACUACUUCUUUGAUUUGUGGCGACAGGAAAUGCUGAAAGACACUGAACGUGUUAUGCAUGACCGUGGAAAAAAGUUUGAGCUGUUGCUAGCAAACAUGAUGUGUGAGCCUCACAGACCACGUGCAGAAGGUGGGGGUGGCAGACACAAGAAGAGGGUCCGCCAGCCCCACAACACAAGGGAGCGCCAGCUAAUGAUUGCUGUAGGCCAUGGGGAAUACAUCAUGCCGCAGACAAUCUACCGGUCACCUCAGCCAUUGCCACCACAACACCAGCAGCAACAAAUGCAGAUAGUGGAUGAGACUAUGCUUGUGUCUGAGCCAAGACCGCCCAGGCCCAACAGCAUUGAACUGAGGCGCACAUACCCAGAUGACGUCAACUCGUCACUUUACAAUUCCACUGGUGUCUACAGUCCACGUCAUGCACCUCCACCCCCACAUAGUCCUACGGAUCAAUACUAUCGACCAAAUUAUGUUGGAGGAUAUGAUGAAGCAACGUACCAACAGCACUACGCACAAGGGCAGACGUUGUCCAAUGAAGGCUAUCCAACUCCCAACAAUCACACCCCUAGCCGUAGCAAUGGCCCUAGAGGGGUGUCUCAGAGGCCAUCAGUGCCUCCACCAGCACCACCAAGCAACAAUUCUAGCAACAGUACACCAACUGUGUCAUCCGCUACAAAUACGCCAACACGUGGCCGCAGCACAAGCACAGGGCGUGAGACAUUGCCUCCACCUCCACCACCCCCAGUGGAUGUCCCAUUAUCACCACCCCCAAGUGCAGGCCCAUUGUCUGGAGGCGAGAGUGUUCCAGACAGUCCUGCAUUGCAGCGGGCAGUUUCACCAGAACGACCACCAUCCGAUUUGCCACCCCCACCACCUUCACCUGAUAGACAGUUACAACCAGCCCCUCCUGUCCCGUCUCCCCCACCACCACUACUUCCGAUGCGACCGCCUUCACCGUGUGAUGUGCCACCACCCCCACCCCCGCCGCCUCCUCCGCCUGUUAUUGCUACUUCUAAUGGGUUACCAAAUGGCCCAAUCUCUCCACCACCAGUGACAACUCCUGCCCCUCCACCUCCCAACUCACCACCCCUGCCAAAUGGUGACAUUGGGAAGUCUCCGAAUAAACAACAGAUUAUUUCCACAUCACCACCCAAGAUGUCACCACCUAAAGCUGAAAAUCAGAUCCGCGCAAAAAAUCCAAAUGUUGCUCCUGAAUGUGACCCAAGAAGUGAUCUCCUCAAAGCUAUCAGAGAUGGGAUCAAAUUGCGCAAAGUGGAGAAAAUUGAACAGAAGGAGGUAGAGCGGGUCAAUGCUCUCCAUGAUGUAGCAUCGAUCCUUGCACGGCGAGUUGCUGUAGAAUUUUCGGACUCUGACUCUGCGUCAGAGAGUGAAUAUGACAGCGAGGGUUGGGGUGAUCAAGAGACGAGUGCGUGACAUCGGCGGACUGACAGUGGUCAGUCUUACCGCCAGGAGGAUCCACCACAGGUGCCACCUCCUCCUUCACCCGCUGAAACGGCUCCAGCAGUCACCGACAAGUGAUAUCACCAUGUGGUACAGAGGCCAGCACUCUGUGGAGUGUAAUAGCUUGGCUGACUGCUCUCUUUUGAAGAAUGUACAAGUAAAAUUUGCUGAAGAUUUCUCAAGAGCCUGUAUUAAUAUUUUGAAGAUCAUCAAUUUUAUGAGGAACUGAAUAUUUUGCAAAUUUUCAGAUUUAUGAUAAACUGGCAGAUGCACAGUUAAAAAUUCAAUAUAAACUGGUUAUUCUUGAAAAUACAAAGUUUCUUCAUUGGAUGUAGAGGAUAGGGUCCUCCCUAUUAAUUUAAAAAAUAAAAUAACCAAAUGAGUCAUUGUGUUCACUUUUGUUUGUUAAUCAAAUAAAGAGAAAUAAAUAAACGACCCUCAUAAUUGUGAUAACAAAUGAAACAGAUUGACACGAAAUGUUAACGACUGCUUCAGCUCCUUUCUUUAUUGAAUCCAUAUCGAGUGCUGGAUUAAUGCUUGUGUAGUUCCUAACAGUAAGAAAAAUAUUCAGGAAUAAAUGAACAGUCAAUGUAUGAUCUAUUCAUAGUUCAACCCAACACGGUUCAUUUGGAUAAAUAAUUUAUGCAAGUGCGGGUUUUAGUUCACUCCCCAGAGCUGAAUAGUGAUAUUCACAAACUGGAAAGGCAUCCAAGACAUUUAGCAAAGAACGGUGACAUUUGAAAAAUGAAAAACACAUUCAGAAUGGCAGAAAGCACAAUGUUUUCUCUUGUCACAAUCCCCAGUGGCUGUACAGCAUUGUUCUUGGUCGAUGAUGCAUGGAUUGUAGAGCCACUGAUUUUUAGCAGUAUCAUUGCAUAUAUCCAUUUGCUCAGAACAGGAUCUUUAGUAUAUUUCCUUAAAUAUCAUAGAAAUAUACUAAUGUGCAUUGCUUUCUAACAUCUGUGAAGGAAAUGUAGUUGAGUAUGUACAUUAUGUGGUGCUAAUCACCCAGUAAGCACAAUACUUUGCCUUUUUAUUUAAUGGAAAAAUUGUACAUGUUGACUCUAAAGGUGCAAAAUUGUUUCUAAAACUUAGUGAUAAAUAUCAAAGAAAUGGAACCAUUCGCUUGUUCAGCUUUCUACAUGUGUAUGAGAGCAGCCUAGUGCAGCAUCAGAUGUGAUGGGCUGUGCUGAAAGGAACUCCAUUUCAACACCCACAGUGGAGUAGUCCUACUACACAAAGUACUACACUGUUGUAUCGAAAUAUGCAAUUAAACCAUGUGAAUAACAAAAAAACAUGGAUCACUCAGAACAGCUGUAGCAAAGUAAAAUGCUGUUUCUGAAUACCACAUAUGUGCUGUGAUUUUAGUUUGUAUUUGUAGGUUUAUUGUGGUUAUAGAAACCAACAAAGGUUGGAUGUAGGUGUUAAUUUUGUUCCUUUCUCAUAGACCAUCACUGCCAGGCAGUGCUGCAUUUUACAGUUGAUAAAAGAAAGGUGGGUGUUGUAUCCACUAUCCUGUAUUUACUUCUUUUGUACAGUGUUCAGAUUUUGUUUGUAAUUUCCAAGGAAUUUAAUUCAUAAGAAGUUAACAGUGCUAUUAAUACUGUAAUAUUAAAAUAGGUAUAGUAAUAUUUUUCCUGACUUUUGUUAGAUUUUAUCUGCUACAUAAAACAGUUGUAAUGAAAUAUACUAUAUACUUAUAUUAAUACAAAAUGCAUGUAUGAAUAGUUGUGGAUUGUGCUUUUCCUGAACUUUGUAAUGAUUGUAGUAGUAGACACUCUGUACAAUGUAAAAAGACAUUUUGAAGCAUUAUGUACAUUAUUAAGAAAUGUAAGAUGUGCUGAUGGAUGUGCUGAUGGUGUGUGUGUGUGUGUGUGUGUGUGUGUGUGUGUGUGUGUGUGUGUGUGUGUGUGUUUUGUGAAGUAUUCCUGUUCGAGUGAACUGUAAGAAUAUACCAUAAAUGCUUUUUCAAAACAAAAAAUUACUUUUGACUGGCUGAUUCAUGUUAGUAAAAGAUUUGAACAUUUGAGGUUUCUUUUUGGAUAUUAAUUUGGUGUUAACUUACAAAUAAUGACACUUGUAUUCAUAUAAUUCAAUAUGUGACAAAAAUCUCUACUGCUUUCCUCAAAAUAAUUUAUUUAAUUGUAGGUAGUAGAUAUAAUUCCAGCUGCACAUAUUUUGAAUUUCUGACCUAACAAGAACUGGCCAUACUCACUUCCUGAUGCUCAGCUGUGCUCAAGUCUUUCUCAUUAUAUAUUGCUAUCAUCUGCUACAGAGAUUGUUUAUCUAGGUAUUCUCAGGUGCUUAGUUACCAUUUUUUAAAUACUAUCUUGUUUCCCUUAUUCGUAUUCCUCUUUAUCUCUUCCAUCCAAUGCAUAUGGAUUUGUUGCAGUACCUGGUGAACUUGCCAUCUUUAUAAAAAUGUAUCAGCCAUGUCACAUUGCAAUAGUUUGGCAGUAAAAUAUAAAACUUCCAUGUUAUUAAUUGUGAUCUACUUGUUCAAGAGUUAUGUCCUGUACUUAUAUUCAGAUUUGAAAAAAAAGUGUAAAAGACACAUUCAGAAUAUUGCAUGGUGUAAUUGCAGUAUUAGUGUGGCCACUGGUGCGUCUGUGCUUGGCAGUUGAAUAAAAGUAUUGAGAUAAUGUUUGUAACAUACAGUUCUUUAAUGGUGAUGUUUAUACAUCUCGAGAAUAAUAAAUAUUCUUUACUGAUA